AGCUUUCAAUUACAGUUUUGCAGAAGAGGGUAGGUAAGACAGAGCUGCAAGUCUGAAAUACGCGAAAUUUUAGAUUUGUGCUUAAGUAAAAGCAACGUAACAUAAAGGAACGUAACACGGAAUGGACUCGAACUGCGAAUUAUGCAAGAUGAAGUAGCAAAUUUGAGGCCACAAGCUGCACUUUGUAUACUGAGCAAUUCUAGCCCAUUCCAAUGCGCUGUGAUCACCUUGGAAGGGCACUGCGCUUACGUGAUUAUCCUGAUGGAAAUCGCCCCUGUGGAUUCCAGAAAUCCUUACCUGCUGCCGCUGGAGACAACAGAGUACUGUGCAAACAAGGGAAUGCUCUGCUUUUUGGAAUUUACUUUGGGGCAUGGCAGUACUCUGUUUGAGGUGGAGAAUAACAGGUUGUGAAUAUAGGUUAGCAGGAUUCCGUUAUGCCGUUACCGUUAUCAGCAAUGCAGCUGCGAAACGGUCGCCUCCCUCGACAACUGCGCUACAACAAUACUCCCCACGAAACCCGUCAGACAUCUCACCUACCUGGUUCGCCUUCCAGCAAUUCAUCGGAGGUCAAGAGUCGCUCACAGUGGAACACCUAUGGAAGCAGGACCUGGAAAAAAUUCAAGAUGCAAGGCCGUCCUUCUGCAGAUACUCUGCAACGUAUUCUCCGCCGGCAUGUGCUGAUAGGAAGUUACCAACUCCAUACACCCGGUCCCCUCAGAGACCUCCACCAGCUAACAAGAUGGCACUAAGGGCUCCGAACAAAAACUUAAUCAGGUUCCGGUGCUUUUGGAAGACAACUGUGAUUUUCGAAGUCUUGAAGAACCGGGGUUGGACUGAGACAAACAGAACAUCCAAUUAUACGUUAGCCGGAUUGGUUGCUUACAUUGGAAAGUGCAGCGAAUUGGAUUGGGACUUUUUUUGGUCAGAUGUCGGGUGGAUGUAUGAGUUCUUCGAUCAUAUACACCUUGCAGAUCAUCAGAGAUUCAACCACUUUCGUAAUUAUUAUGAGUUGACAAGGAAAGACUUAUUGAUAAAAAAUCUUAAGCGUAUGAAGAAGACUCUGGAGCGUGAUGGCCAAACUGUGGAAGCAGGAAAGUACAACUUUUUCCCGCAAACCUAUGCACUGCCCGCGGAGUAUGGCCUUUUCGUUGAAGAGUUCAAGAGAAUGUCACCGGACCCGAAACUCACAAAACUGCCGAAGGGGGCUAAAAGCUUACAAGAAGUUGGUGUGUGGAUUAUGAAGCCUGUGGGUAAAGCAAGGGGCAGGGGCAUAUUCCUUUUCACCCGCCUGAGCCAGAUCAGUGAAUGGAAGAAAGAUCAUCGCUGGAAAAUCGAAAAUCCUCAAGUGGAAAAUUACAUUGUGCAGCGGUACAUCGACAACCCCUAUUUAAUAGGUGGAAAGAAAUUUGAUCUCCGCCUCUACGUGUGUGUUCUUUCCUACGCUCCACUCAAGGCGUAUGUGUACAGAUCAGGAUUCGCCAGAUUCACGAUUGCUCACUUCACCGUAAAAAAAGAAGACAUUGUCAACAACUUGGUGCAUCUUACCAAUUUCUCCAUUCAGAAGCAUGCUCCCACCUUCAAGUCGAAGACUGGUACUAAAUGGUCCCUGCACAGCCUUAAGAUGCACAUGAUAUCGAAGCAUGGAGAACAGGAAGUAAAUGCCCUCUUCCACAAGAUCCAUAUGCUCAUCCUGCGGUCACUUCUGGCAGUUCAGAACGUCAUUAUUCAAGACAAGCAUUGCUUUGAGCUUUACGGCUACGAUAUUCUGGUGGAUGAUACAUUGAAACCAUGGAUCCUUGAGGUGAAUGCGUCCCCUAGUUUAGCUGCUGAUACACCCGUGGACCAUGAGCUCAAGUAUGGGAUGCUUGAUGAUGUUCUCACCCUCGUCGACAUGGAGCACAAACUGCCACCCCAGAGCUUAACUCAGGUUGGGGGAUUUGAUGUGUUGAUAGAUCAAACAGCUCCUCCAGCCGCCAAGCCUCCACAGCAAUCUCACCUCUUGGGCUGUUACAAUGACCGAUUGGAAAACCUGAAAGAGUUGAGAAAGCCGGCUAGACAAAGCACCGCUUGAGAAGCGAACUUAUGGUGAUCUUUUGAGGAUUGCAAUCCAGCAAUCAGGUUCAACUUGAGUUAAUUUUGCAAAUUUGAAUGGACGAAACUAAUGAUUUAAAGCCUUGGGAUUGAUCAAUAAUGAGUUCAUUAAUGUGCAAAUUGCAUGGAAUCGAAGUGUUCGGUCAUGUUUUAGUAAAUAGAGUUGCUUGCAGCAUGUUAUGUAAAUUGAUUUAAUUUUGGUGAUGGAGCCAAAGGUUUUCACAUGAUAAUUGACUAUUUUAUUGCAACCUUCUGAAAGAUACAAAACCUUCGUGUGACCAGAUUGUAAAAAUUUGGUGGAAUGAUUAAUUUAUUGUGGUCGAAAAAGUAUUCAAAAGGAUAAACUUCACAUCCAUACAUAAAAUACCCAUCACUCUACUCC